AUGGCAGAAGCAAUGUCAUUUGUUUUGAGGAAUUCCUCAGACGAGCAGCUCGAAAGAGGAGUUAGAAGAGUAAUUGAUGAUGCAGUGAAGAAGCCAUCUCUAUGUAUAGAAUCAGGUGUCAAGGCAUUGCUUUUUAAUAUUAUGAAAGGUUACACAUCCAGGUUCCAUUCAAAAGCAGAGAGAGUGUUACAAUUGUUGACCAGUGAAGCAAUUUAUCCUGUUGGUGAUAAAGCUAACCAAGGUUUUUCUCUCAUAUAUGGGACUGUUGUUUCCUUUAUAGUGGCCUAUUGA